GGGGAGGGGGGGCGAAGUGACCAGGCGGUGGCGGCGUCUCUGCCGAGGUGACAAUGUGCUAGGAGCCCUCGCUCGGUCUCCUGCGCCUCCUCGGCCUCGGCGCCCGCUCUCGCGGAGCCCCUCCAGCCAGCCGCUGCGCUAUGAGGGCGCCUCUCCGGGGCUGGCCGAGGCCGGAGCCGGCUCGCUCUGCUCGCGGGGAAGUGUGAAGAGAGAGGCGCGGGCGGGAAGCGGGGCUGCGCGCCGCUCGCGGGCCGGCGCGUGUUCCAGGUGAGCGCGGGCUCCGCGCGCCCCGCACUCGGCGCGGCCGUCUGGCGCCUGCCGGUCUGGGUCGGAGGCUGAAUUCCGUGCGUGGACCGCCGUUCCCUCUUCGCGGGAUCCCUGGCCACGAUAGCAGAUGCAUUUUGUAGGAGUAUUUUGAGGAUGAAUGUUUGCAAAUCAUUUUGAAAUUACCAAGUGCCACAUACAUGGGGUGCAUCCUGCUUUUAUCCUGGAGUUCACCCCUGUGGCUUGGAUUUAUCACAGUUGUAUCUGUCUUCGAUCUCUGUGUUAACUAGAAAUCAAGGAAAGACAUGAGGAGGUUUGUUUACUGCAAGGUGGUUCUAGCCACUUCACUGAUGUGGGUUCUUGUUGAUGUCUUCUUACUCCUGUACUUCAGUGAAUGUAACAAAUGUGAUGACAAGAAGGAGAGGUCCCUGCUACCUGCCCUGAGGGCUGUUAUUUCAAGAAACCAAGAAGGGCCAGGAGAAAUGGGAAAGGCUGUGCUGAUUCCUAAAGAUGACCAGGAGAAAAUGAAAGAACUGUUUAAAAUCAAUCAGUUUAACCUUAUGGCCAGCGAUUUGAUUGCCCUUAACAGAAGUUUGCCGGAUGUAAGAUUAGAAGGAUGCAAGACAAAGGUCUACCCUGAUGAACUUCCAAACACAAGUGUAGUCAUUGUAUUUCAUAAUGAAGCUUGGAGCACUCUCCUUAGAACUGUUUACAGUGUUAUAAAUCGUUCUCCACACUAUCUACUCUCUGAGGUCAUCUUGGUAGAUGAUGCCAGUGAAAGAGAUUUUCUCAAGUUGACAUUAGAUAAUUAUGUGAAAAAUUUAGAAGUGCCGGUAAAAAUUAUUAGAAUGGAAGAGCGCUCUGGGUUAAUACGUGCCCGCCUUCGAGGAGCAGCUGCUUCAAAAGGACAGGUCAUAACUUUUCUCGAUGCACACUGUGAAUGCACGUUAGGAUGGUUGGAGCCCUUGCUGGCAAGAAUAAAGGAAGACAGGAAAACAGUUGUAUGCCCCAUCAUUGAUGUGAUUAGUGAUGAUACCUUUGAAUAUAUGGCCGGGUCAGACAUGACUUAUGGGGGUUUUAACUGGAAACUGAAUUUCCGUUGGUAUCCUGUUCCCCAAAGAGAAAUGGAUAGAAGGAAAGGAGACAGAACAUUACCUGUUAGGACCCCUACUAUGGCUGGUGGCCUAUUUUCUAUUGACAGAAACUACUUUGAAGAGAUAGGAACUUACGAUGCAGGAAUGGAUAUCUGGGGUGGAGAGAAUCUUGAAAUGUCUUUUAGGAUUUGGCAAUGUGGAGGCUCAUUGGAGAUUGUGACUUGCUCCCACGUGGGUCACGUUUUUCGGAAGGCAACUCCAUACACUUUCCCUGGUGGCACUGGUCAUGUCAUCAACAAGAACAACAGGAGACUGGCAGAAGUUUGGAUGGAUGAAUUUAAAGAUUUCUUUUAUAUCAUAUCCCCAGGUGUUGUCAAAGUGGAUUAUGGAGAUGUGUCAGUCAGAAGAACACUAAGAGAAAAUCUGAAGUGUAAGCCCUUUUCUUGGUACCUUGAAAACAUCUAUCCGGACUCCCAGAUCCCAAGACGUUAUUACUCACUUGGCGAGAUAAGAAAUGUUGAAACAAAUCAAUGUUUAGACAACAUGGGCCGCAAGGAAAAUGAAAAAGUGGGUAUAUUCAACUGUCAUGGUAUGGGAGGAAAUCAGGUAUUUUCUUAUACUGCUGACAAAGAAAUCAGAACCGAUGACUUGUGCUUGGAUGUGUCUAGACUCAACGGACCUGUAAUCAUGUUAAAAUGCCACCACAUGAGAGGAAAUCAGUUAUGGGAGUAUGAUGCUGAGACCCACACUCUUCUUCACAUACUCACCCAGUCCUGUCUCUCAGUAAGCAAAGUAGCUGAUGGCUCCCAACAGCCCACUGUGGAAAUAUGUAAUGAUAACCCUUUGCAAAAAUGGCAUCUAAGAAACUAUACAAGAAAGGAAAUUUUUAGAAAUAUUUUUAAGAAUUCUACUGAUUACUUUCUCAAAUAAUUUUGGAGGUUUGUGUUGCAGACUUUAUUAAAUUUAUUUUAGUGUUUUUCUUAUGUUUUGGUACUGAAAUCUAAACUUAUUUCUUUAAAAUGUGGUUUUAAAAAAUCUUUAUGUGCUAUUUCUCCGUGGAGUUAUUUUUCUGUCUUUUACUUCUUAGCUGCUCAUUAAUUUGGAGGCUGCAUAUAUUAAGUGGUGUUUGUCUAUUAUUAGUAGGUUUGUCUAUUAUUUAUUAAUAGGUAUUUGUGUAUUAUUAUUAAUAGGUAUUUUCUUUAUUUCAAAUAUACACAUGCAUAAGUAUAACUGAUGGAAUAUAUUAUGACAUAUUAGCUCUAACUAUAGCCAUGUCUAUAUGACAAUAGAUUUUGUAACAGAGCUGAAAAAACCAAUAAAAAAAAAACUAACAUAGCCCAAAAAUUGUUUUUGGAACACUGAAAUUAUUAAAUUGUUAAUUUUUAUUCAGAUACUUUGUGUGCAGAUACAGCAUAUCCUUUCUAAAAUUUACUAUUUUAACCUGAAACUUAAAGCAAAUGCAUUAUUGAAGACUAAGAUGUAAUUUUCAAUAACUUUAUGAAGUAAAUUAUUUCUGAGCAUUUCUUUGUGGCUGGUUAAAUGACAUAAUUAUAAUAAUAAAAGCUUUUAAAAAUUGUACUUUUCUGACUUGUAUGAUUUGUGAGUAUCUUCGCAGUAGACAGUAAAAUGAAUUAUUAUUCAGUUCAAGUCCAAUAAGUACCUGUCCUAGUUCUUGAUCUUAAGGGGAUUAUUGUCCUGUAAAUAAAAGCUAUUAUAUUGUCCAAUACCUUGCUAUGAGAACACAUGGGAAGUUAGGGAGUUAUUCUGGUUCAAAUGAAUCAGUUAAAGGUUGUUAGUAGAGGACACAAUUGAGCUUGGGAUACUUGUGACAAGGCUGAGAAUGGAAGUAUGGAGAGGAGGGGGAAGAGGGAUGUUGUUUAGAUUAGACUUACAUUUGAGACAGGGCAUUCCAAACAUACAUUGGAAAGCUGAAAAAGUCCGGACCUUUUGCACAAGGCAAUUUGCAUAUAUUAUCUUAGUUUGUUUUCCAAGAAACCAUACCUGGUAGAUGCAAUGCCCACCAAGUGGUCAUCUCAGAUUUAACUAUUUAGUCUCACAAAAUUACAAGUCUUUUGCACUUUAAGAGGCCCACUAUUUGCCUUCCUAUCUGGUAUUAUAAUGCAGUUUAUCAGAUGCAGAUGCAGUUAAUCAAUCAGAGGUCAUUUUUACUGUAAGUCAUUGAUGCCUAUAAACAUAGUUAACAAUUUUACCCUUAGGUUGCAAGUGAUCACAGCUGACUAAAGGUCAAAUUUUUUAAGCAGUAAGGGAAAGAGCAUUUUUACAUAUUAGUAAGUAUAAUUAAGCAUCUGACAAAGUAUGUCCUCAGAAUGAUUUGGUAGCUUGCCCAAAUUUUCAUGGCUAGUAACUUGGGAAGCAGAAAUUCACACUUAUGGCUAUCUAACCCUAAAAUGUCUGAUCUUUCUACUCCACUACACUGAAAAGGAGAGUAUUUUCCUUGGUUGGUUAUCUUAACAGCAGUGGCUUUUGACUACUAAUGAAUUCCUUCAAAGAAAAUAUUUAUGCAUUUUUUAGAAAGAAUACUUACUAAUAUUUUAGAAACUAUCACAUAUGUAAUUGACAACACAUACUCAAUCUAAUCCUUAAAGUCAUAUACGUGUUUUUUAAAAGGAUCUAAUAGAAGCAAACAAGGGUAAGUGGCUUUUUUGGAAAAGGACAUAUAUACACAAAGGACCUCAGGUACGUAAUAAAAAUGAACACUUUGAUUUUUUUAACUAGAACUUUCUAGAAAAAAAUGCUUGUUUUCUUUUGUAUCUUUUUCCAAGUUGGCUUUUGGUUCAUAAAUGAACAAAAUAAUUUCUGGCAUCAUAAACAUAAAUCAACUAUCUUCUUGCCUAUCUUUGGCCAUUUCUUCUUUUGUCCAUUUUUCAGUAUAAAUGGCUUGAUUCCAUGUAUUGAAAAGAGCAACAACAAAGGCCUAAAUCUUCAAAUCUUCUUCACAUCUAAUAGUCUUGCUCUUUUAAUUGCCUGUUUGUUGUCUAUUAAGCAUCCUUUACCACAAGCCUAUUUUCCAUUCUAUCUUUUCUCAGGACAGCGCAGUUCAGGGUGUUUGUAGUCCUAAUCCAAAACAAAUUAUAAGUGUCUAGGCAGUGUUUCACCACCAUUUUUUUGCAUGCCCCCUGCAUUUUUUAUCUUCUGACUUUCAAUAUAAUAUCAAGAGCCCACAUCCCCAAAAAAAAAAAGUAUUUGUCUACCUUUAAUUUUGGUAAUUUGCAACAAGAGUAUAAUAUAUGGAUACUUUUUUCAAGAUUUAUCUCCAAAUCACCUCCCAUAUUCAAACACGUCUCUUCUGGCUGGGGAGUUUUUCGUGUAGUAUGGUUCUAGGCAUUGCCCAUGAAACUAAGCAGAACUGUAUAUGAUAAUGUAUACAAUUAGUGUGUAAGUUAGUAUAUAAAACCAUGUGGACUUAAAAUAUAUAUCUGAAAAGUCCAAAAAUAUGACUUCAAAAUGUAAAUGUGAACUCAAAAGAGAAGACUGGUUAACCUGGUGCAAUUAUUGGAAUUACAUUUCAGCAUUUGGGUACUGAGAGGAUGCUUAUUAAUACUGUUGUUAUGAAAAUAUAUGUAGGUAUAAUAUUUUAAAAAUAUGUCCAUCACAUCUGUUUUUAUUUGAUGCUGGUAUUUUUUAAGAUCCUUAAAAAUGCAAACUAAAUAUGGUGAGCACACCAUCAAGUAAGAUAGAUCUUUGUUGCUAUGGUAAUUACUCUUCUACAAUGAAUGUCUCACAGUCACAGAUACUACGGCUUGUAUAGUAUUUUGAAAAGGGAACAUCUCCAGCAGUUUUGUUCAUCUGGGUCACAGCUGUGACAUCUCUUUUCAUAUUUGCCAAAUGGUUACUAAGUAACACAUGCCCAAGAAAACUAAGAUUCUGUAAAAGCUUGUUAAUAUUUGCACUCCUCAACUGAACUCUAAACUCACAAAUGGGCUUUUUGCAAAGGAGCCCGAAUUCUUGGCAACGCAUGAUAAAUGUCGGCCAAUUUCUUUAACCAUCUGCAAACAAAGGUGCAUUAGACAAUGAUAAAACCAUAAUAGUGAAAGUCGUAUAAUAAUUAAUUCAGAGCCACCUGUGCACAGUUCCUCUUACAAACAUAUCGCAAUGUUUAUACCAAAAAAAAAAAAAAGGACUUUUUAAAGAGCAGAUUUAAUCUGAUGUGCUAGUGAAGUUUAAGAUAAAAUAUGUUGCACUGAUUAUUGGUUAUCUU